GCAUUUGUGGGGAUGUGUACGUGUGUGUGUGAUGUGUGUAUCUGUGUGUGUAUCAAUUUGUAGCUGUAUUUCCAUGUCUACGAAGGCUAAUAAAGGCUUCAUAGACUGAUAUAGAUAUAGGCUUUGCUAUAAGUAAAUGUUGGAUGCCACUUUGUUUAUCCAAAGUAUAAGUUGUGUUAUUGUUAUCUGCAGUCUAGGACAACUGAAGAAGCUGCUGCGUAGAUCCUGUGUGGUUUUAUAUCUUCAGGAAACGAAACUUCACCCUCACACGCUCUCACACACUCAUACACGAAUACACAUCACACACACACAAACAGGCACACAACAGAUAACCAGUGAGUUGGUAAAGACUUGUCAGUAGUCUGUUAACCAUGAUGCUGGUUGCCUUGUUUCUCCUCAUCCAUCUCAGUGGACAUGAGUCCACCAUCUGUCCAGAGGUGAGCUGUUUGAUCGUGAACCUGGACUCGGUCGAAUGCACUUGGAGAGGCCAGGUCAACUAUACCUUCUACAGCCGAUAUAAGUCUGACCAAUAUCGUGAAUGCUCCAGUUAUGUCCUGGAGCAGGGCCUGGUUAUUGGCUGCAGUGAGGCCUAUCUGGAAAAUGCUGACAAAUUCAAGAGUUUUUCCACCAACCUCACCCACGAAAACUGCUCAACUGUGAAGAUACAUGAUCUCAAAGCCAGUGUGAAAAUGAAUCCUCCAACCAACCUGACAGUAAAGAUAUAUGGAAAGGAGCUGUGGCUGUACUGGAACAACUCCAAUAACCACCCCUGCCUGGAAAGCGAAGUUUGGCACAAGAACAACAACAGUGAAUGGAAGAGUUUCAUCCAUAACAACGAGAUGCAUGACUUCAGUGUCUCCUUGCCCUCCCAAAGCCUCCGCUAUGUUUUUCAAGUGAGGACGCGAGUGUCAGAUAGCUGUUAUGAGUCUAAGUUUUGGAGUGAGUGGAGCCAGGCAAUCUCUUGGGGACCAAUCAUAGUACCCAACCUUAAGGUCGAAGGGCUGCCUGGCGUUGCCGUGACGGUGUGGACUCCCCUGCUGGCUGUGAUGGCCACCCUCACCCUUCUGCUGCUGGUUAUGCUUUUGCUCCACAAUGAGAGGCUUAAAGUUAUCCUCGUUCCCAUGGUUCCCAACCCGGCCAAGAACCCCAUCCUGGCGGAGCUGCUGGACACCCACAACGGCAAUGUGGAGGAAUGGCUCCACAUCUCUAAGGAGCUGAAGGAGGGGUUCAAACCCAACUUCAGUGAUCGCACCUGCUCUGUCCGCGAGUACACCACUCAGUCAGCCAACCAAUCAGAGAGCUCUGCCACAGUAACCAUCGACCAAUCCGACUGCUCUGUCUCCAUCUCCACUGACCAGUCCGACUGCCUGUCCAACUCCGGUUUGUCGUCCACCAGCACCUCCAGUCUUCCCAUCACGUCUGUAGAGGAACGGGCAGGUCUUACUGAGAGACUUGUUGCACUGGUUGGUUAGUUGUAACGGAUUUAAAUUCUUGUACUCACUGAAAUAUUUUUACUGUUGACAGUUUUCUACGGGUACACUUGCACUUUUUGAGUUUCACGUUAUUGAAUUGUAACUUGUUUAACUGCAUGCUCUUAUGGUUCUUCCCUUUGGCACUUAUUUGGUUUUCACAAUGUAUGCUUCUUGUUUUGGCUGCUCGCAAUGUUUGGGGCUAUCUCGUUGUUAUGAUCAGUGACCUAUGCACUUUUGUAAAGCUCUCUCUUGGAAGUCACAAAAACGUCUGCUAAAUGCAUAACUGUAAAUGUCUUUAGAAACACCUGGGGUGCAUCUCAUUUGUUUGUUUCAGAUUGCUUCCUAAUCUGGUGUCCUUCACGUAAACACCACCAAUUACAAUUUAUUGACUUUGCCACA